AUGGUAUCUAUUAGAUCAUUAUUAGCUGGUGCUUGUUUCUUUGCAGGCGCAUUAGCUAGCGAAGGUGAGCUUAUUUAUCGCAAAUCAGAUAUCGCUGUUUUAGUCUGUGAAUCAGUAAUUGAAAAGGCAGCAUUACUUUUCGAGGAAACUGAUCUUGUUGGAUUCUGUAAUGUUGAUAACCAACAGGCAUUAGGUACUAUGGCUCACUGCUUAAAACAAGUCGCUCAUAAAGGAAGUGUUGAGGCUUUCAUCAAGUCUUGUGAGCCAUAUGGAUUGACAGAGAAAGAAUUUGAGCUGGCUUAUUCCAAUGCAACCAAACAUUUAACUAAUGUUACUGCAGAUCCUAACUUCAACUUGACAGAGUUAUACUACAAACCUGUGUUACUUUCGCAAUCGAAGAUUGAUGCUGGAUAUCGUUCUGGUGUUGGUCGUUUCUAUAACUACACUUUAGCUACUUGGUUUGGUGUUGCUUUAAUAGCAUAUUGGUUUGUUGUUAUGUUUAUUGCAGGUAUUUGCAACUAUGUCCACUUCCUUUUCCCAGGCUUUGUUAAAGGCUUGAAAGGAUCGUUCACUAAUACUUACAGGAAGUACAUAUCGUUGCCUGCAUUAGGAAGAAAAGUUCAUGCUGAGCAUAUGUCGUUCUUGAGAAUCUUUCAAUGGGUCGUUCCAACAAGAUUAGAAUCAAUUUUGAUUUUUGUUUGGUAUAUCUUGGCUCUUGCUUUCAAUGUAUGCUUAUACAAUCAUGAUUCUCCAAACUUGUACUGGCCUACUUCUGAAUCAGCUGAAAUUGGACGUAAAAUUGCUGACAGAACAGGUAUUAUGUCAUUAUUUUUGAUCCCUACUUUAAUUUUAUUUGCCGGUAGAAAUAAUUUUAUGCAAUGGAUUUCAGGAUGGUCAUACUCAAGAUUUAUUGCAAUCCAUAGAUGGGUUUCCCGUGUCGAAUUUCUUUUAGUUAUGAUUCAUGCUGUUGGUAUGACUUACAAUGCUAAGGGUAUCGCUCCUGGCAAAUACGAAACUCGUAAUGCUCAAGAAUAUGUGAGAUGGGGAUAUGUUGCUCUUGUUGCAGCAAGUAUUAUGUGUUUUCAUUCUUUGUUAGUUUUCAGAAAGAAGAACUAUGAACUUUUUGUGUUUGCUCAUAUUAUCUUAGCUACUCUCUUUAUUAUCGGUGGCUGGAGACACGUAGAAGAAGAGGGCUAUCAACAAUUCUUUUACGCAGCUGUAGCCGUAUGGGUAUUUGACAGGGUUAUUAGGAUUGGACGUCUUGCUGCAUUUGGUGUCCAACGUGCUAAUGUUGAAUUGAAGGCCAAUGAAACUCUUAAAGUUACUGUUCCUAGACCUGCUUACUGGAAACCAUUCCCAGGUUGUCAUGCAUUUAUUCAUUUUUUGAGACCAACCUGUUUCUGGCAAUCACACCCUUUCACUAUUGUCGAUUCAGCCAUCGAAGAAAACACCAUCACCUUUUAUUUAAAAGUUAAAGGUGGUGUCACUCAUGGGUUGUACCAAUACUUAGCCAAACAACCGGACCAUAAGGCACACAUGAAAGUGUUAGUCGAAGGUCCUUACGGUCAAAGAAUUCCUAUCGACAAGUACGACACUACUGCAUUCCUUGUUAGUGCUAAUGGUAUUCCUGGUAUGUACUACGAAGCUAUGGACUUGGCCAGAAGACAAGUUGACAGACAAAGAGUCAGAUUCUACUGGGUUAUUCGUCAUUACAAAUCUAUCGACUGGUUUUAUGAAGAAUUAUUAAAGUUUGAAGGCACAAUUGUGGAACCAGUCAUCUACGUCACACAGUCUGCUGCUGGAUUGGCACAACCAAUCGGCCAAGCAAGUGAUUCGAGCGAAUCGAACUCUGUCGAUGAAAAGGAUGAAAAAGACGAAAACAACUCCAGCGACGAAGUCUCCAGCGACCACGUCCAAGACUUGAAGGCAAAGUUAUCUUUCGUCCAAUUCAGAGAAGGCAGACCUCCAAUUAACGAUUUAAUUCAAGAAGAAAUCAAUGAAGCCAAUGGUUCUAUUGCUUUUGUUACCUGUGCCCAUGGUUCCAUGUGUGAUGACAUUAGAAAGUCGGUAGCUGACAAUCUUAGCACCACCAAGCGCGUUGAAUUAUUUGAACAAGUCCAAAACUGGUGA